AUGAAGCUGUUGCACCUGUUAUUGGUACUCGCUGUACUAGCGCCAUCUAUGUCCGCGCCCUACGACCCCGAAGACGAUGAACUGAAGUCUGUGCUACCAUCUAGUGGACAGUUUGAGGCUUUCUAUCCACGUCAGGCGCACGGUAUACCAAACGGGUCGUCACGACCGGCGCAUGGGCACGGCAGUUUCUACAAACACCGCAACCCGGCGUUGGUCGAUGUCAAAAACGCCGCUGCCUACGGUUUCCGCUUCGACGGCGGCAGAAGGUUCAACUUCGAUGAUGAAUGA